GAAUAUUUCAACUAAAAACGUGUGGUUUCCUUUCUUUCUUUCAAAAUGGCAGGAUUUUUUUUUUUUUUUUUAUAAUGUUUGGCUUGAAAUUAAAACCGAAGCAUCAUCAAGAUUUGGCCAAAUGAUUGCGCGAGUGCUACGAACUGCUCUUCUCUCACUCUCUAAACCUCAGGUACCUUUCCUUUCGCUUCAAAUCCUUUUUUGACCUCAUGGACGAUUUGUUGACUAAGAAGUGUGUGCCAUGCAACUCAAAGGAUCUAAGGCCCAUGACUGAAGAAGCUGCAAGUAAACUAAUUCCAAAGGUAGAUGGUUGGAGUUUGGUAAAUGAAGGUGGUACAUUGAAGCUAAAAAGGUCUUGGAAAGUGAAGAGUUUCACCAAAGGAUUGGAGCUGUUUCAGCUUGUCUCUGAUAUUGCUGAAUCAGAAGGCCAUCAUCCAGAUUUGCAUCUUGUCGGAUGGAACAAUGUAACCAUUGAAAUAUGGACGCAUGCAGUUGGUGGACUGACAGAAAAUGACUUCAUUCUUGCCGCCAAGAUGAAUGUGCUUGACCUGCAGCACCUCCUCAGAAAGAAGAAAGAUGGAUAACUGGAUAACUAAACGCCAUGGGGUUGUUUGAGUUUGUAAAUUUGGAAUACUUUGCUGCCUUGACUAAACCUGGUGGCUUUGCCAGUCAACUUGUAUCCAUGUUGGGACCCUUGCUGCAUUGAUAGACUCAUGUAUGGAUAUCAAGUGUUGCAUUGUGACUG